AUGGCCACCAACAUGGACCAAGAGAAGGGUGGUGUCGCCUACCUCGAGCGAACCGUCUCCGACCAAUCCGUUUCCUCUUCCAUCGAGAACGAUGCUCGUAUCGACGCCCUCACACCAGAAGAACAGAAGAAAGUGAUCCGACGAAUCGACUACCGUCUGGUCCUCACUCUCGGCUUCAUGUAUAUGGUCUCGCUCAUGGACCGCACCAACCUUGGCAUCGCUGCCGUGGCUGGUAUGUCUGUCGACCUCAAGCUCACCGUCGGUGCUCGCUACUCGAUCAUCACCUGUAUCUUCUUCAUCUCAUACGUCCUGCUCCAACCACCCGCCACUGUCAUCCUCCGCAAGGUCGGCCCAAGGAUUUUUCUGCCCACGAUCACUAUCCUCUGGGGUGCAACCAUGAUCUGCUUCGGCUUCGUGAAGGUGUGGACACAGAUGCUACCUCUUCGAAUUGUUCUUGGAAUCUUCGAAGCGGGUUUCUUCCCUGGUUGUGCCUACCUCCUCUCUUGCUGGUACCCACGCUACGAUCUCCAGAAGCGCAAUGCCGUGUUUUACCUCAUCGGCAGCAUGAGUUCCGCCUUCUCCGGUAUCCUCGCCUACGGCUUCUCCCAGCUUGCAGGCCACGGCCACCUCGGUAAAGACUACGGUCAACACUACGGUCCCACUGCAAAGGCCCCUCACGCUCCGUCAGGCAUCAAGCCAGGUAUCGCCGGAUGGCGAUGGAUCUUCAUACUUCAGGGUCUCCUCACCGUGGUAGUCGGCCUCAUCGGUGCCGUUACCAUCUGCGAUUUCCCCGAGCAGGCUGCCAAGAAGAGCAAGUCCUUCGCACUCUCGUUCUUGAGCCAGAAGGAGGCGGACUUCAUCGUUGCCAGGAUCGAGAAGGAUCGUCAUGAUGCCAUCCCCGAGCCAUUCAGACUCGGCAACUAUCUCAAGCAGGCCUGCGACUCCAAGAUCUGGGGCUUUGCUUGGUUGUUCGGCUUGACCACUACUUCCACCUACGCCAUCGCCUACUUCCUCCCUAUCAUUCUCCAGGUCGGCAUGGGCUUCAGUGUCCGCGACGCACAAUGCCUCAUCGCUCCACCCUACGUCUGCGCCGCAAUCUGGAUGUACGGCUGUGCUUGGUACGGUGACAAGAACCAUAUCCGCGGACCUCUCAUCAUUGUCAACGCUUUCAUGGGUAUCAUCGGCCUUGCCCUCCUCGGCUUCACCGAGAACGUCGGCGUCCGCUACUUCGGCGUCUUCCUCGCCACCACCUCCGCCAACGCCAACGUGCCCUGCAUCCUCACCUUCCAAGCCAACAACAUCCGCGGACAGUGGAAGCGCGCCCUCGCCUCUGCCACCCUGGUCGGCGCAGGUGGCAUCGGCGGUAUCGUCGGCAGCACGGUGUUCCGCGAGCAGGACAAGCCGGGCUAUAAGCCAGGCAUGUACACGACCAUCUUGGCUAACAGCUUGAUCGUCGUCAUUACUUGCUUGUUGAUGCUCAAGUUCCACCGCGCGAACAAGCGCGCUGCUUCUGGUGGUAAGGUUAUCGAGGGUUUGGCUGGCUUUAGAUAUACACUCUAA